AUCAACAACUAUGGCGGAACGUGAGUCGUCAAACGCGGAAGAAGCUGCAAAUGUUGUUACUCAAAGGAGAAGUAAAAGAAAAAGGGUCAUACCAAGAAAAUCACUGGAUUUUGUAACUUUGCAGCAACAGGCAGAUGAGGAUUCAUCGACUUCAACUCCUGCAAGUGAAGAGUCAGAUAGGCCAGUGGCUGCUGGCAAAGGAAGAGAGUUUCUGUGGCUGCCAAAGCACGUGGUGGCAAAAGAGGAAGUAGAAAGACAAGGGGGCGAUGUUUUGAAGGAGACGAGGAAGAAAGGCUUGUGCUUCUGCAUGAGCAGAGGAAAAAACAGGCGGAUGAUAUGAUAAACCGCCUUAGCUCUCAAGAAGCAAAGGAGCUCUUGAAGGAAAUUGCUGCCAGACAGCCAGCAAUUAUACUGGAUGUGGCAGCAAUGCUGUCUGCCAGACAGCCGGUUGAAGACCAGCCUGGACCAUCUGCAGACCAACCAUCUUGGUGUGUUUGUAGACAUUGUCCUAUGAUGGACCGCGACCAAGACAAGAUUUGUUGUGGCAUGGCCCCACAAUACUGCGAUAGCCAGAGACCGGAAAUGGGGUUAGUGAUCACUGAUCCGCUUACCCUCCACAUCCAACAAACGUAUAGAAAUGAUGUGUUUGCCCAUCAGGCGGUGGAUGUGGAGGACACAAAUUGUCGUUUCGCCAUGCUGCCUAUCGCCAGUAUGUACUCUGGAUUCAUGGACGCCUUCAACGGGAUGACCGCAGAACUGUACCUGCAUGCUGUGUGAAGGUGGUCCGUGCCAAGUUUCCGAGUCUUACUGGCAACUAUACAGGGUUUAUUCCCGGACGAGGAGUAGGAUGGUGACAAUAAUAUCGAGAGUGUUUGCAUAGAUAUAUUGCAAUGGACCCUUUUGAUUGCAUAUGGUACCUUCACUCACAAUGAUCAAUCAAGCACAAGUAAUACUUUCUUUAGUAAAUGACAUGAGCUUAUUUCUUGCAAUUUAGUUUACAUAAUGAGAACAUUGAGUCUACCAAAUGUACUGAUUUAUUAAUUAUUUAUGUACAAUUAUGUUUUUUGUUUUUGUCAGAAAUAUUACAUGUGCAUAUUAUCUGUAUUUCAAUUACAAGCAGAUCUUUAAGUGCCUCAUUUCUUUAUC